CAUUUGAAGUGAACUAAAAAAAAUUAUUGAAUUGAAUAUAAGUGGCGAAAAGAAGAAAAACCGCCCCAGCCCUUGGUAGAGUUUGUUUGAAUUUAGCGGCAGAGGCUUUCUACUCUCUCAGUUUCUCUGCCAAUCAGACUCAGUAGUUCAAUCUUUCAUUCUCACUCAUUCUUCUGAACGCAUCGUUUUAGGGUUUUGUUUCACUUCACUUCCUCUUUCAGCAGAAAUGGAAACGGAGGAGUCAUGUCGCGUGGUUCCCUUUCAGCUCCAGUUCGAUAAACCCCUCCCUUCUCAUGUUACAAUGGCGGAGUGGAAUCCCGAGAAGGACCUCCUCGCAUUGGUCACCCACGACUCCAAGAUCUUGCUCCACCGUUUCAAUUGGCAGCGCCUUUGGACCAUUUCCCCGGGAAAGUCCAUAACCUCCCUCUGUUGGCGUCCUGACGGCAAAGCCAUAGCUGUUGGACUUGACGAUGGAACUUUGUCACUCCAUGAUGUUGAAAAUGGAAAGUUGUUAAGAAGCUUAAAAUCGCAUUGCUCUGCUAUUAUAUGUCUCAACUGGGAGGAGGACAAUCACCUAGUUAGGGACGACUGCGGUCACACUUCAAAAUAUGAAGAUAGAACCUCGCGUUUCUUUCCUCCUGCUCCAAAAGCUCCUCGGAUGCCUGGACUAGUAUCAGGAGAUAAAGGCUUCAUGGAUGAUGGUGAAGAAUCAUUUCAGGAGUUAUCAAAUUCUUCUCUCCAGCGUUUCAACAUUCUAUGCAGUGGGGAUAAAGAUGGAAAUAUUUGUUUUAGCAUAUUUGGUAUAUUUCCUAUAUCGAAAAUUAACAUAUAUGAUCUUACUUUUCCACUUUCCCGCGAGGGUGCAGAAACUACUUACAAACUUUUAAAUGCUUCUAUACACAAGGUUGCCUUAUCAAAAGAUCUUUGUAGAUUGAUAGUCAUGUGCUCAGGAGACCUUGUUGUGGUUGGUGAUGAAUUGAAGGAUGUUCACUUGGCUGGGCACAAUGAGCAUGGCCUGCAUUGCCUAGCACUUAACACAUCUAUAUUCUGUGACAGGAAAAAUGAGCUUCAUCAAGUAGCUCAACAGGCUUCUAGCAUUGAGGAUUUGACUGAGGUUGUCCGAACAUCUUUAUCAGUCAUGUGUAGGCAAUGGUCUGAUGCGAUGCACACAUUUCAGGAGAAGUUCAGCUCUUUGUCUACUCUGAUUAUAGAUCAUGGAAUUGAUUCCUCUCCUCAAGAGGAGUUUCUGAGUCUUUUGGGUGGUGCAAGGACUAGUCCACCAGUUCAUCAAUUCCUUGUUAACACUCUUAGUGAAGUGGGUGUCAAGCGCAUUUCAAAGGUUAUCUGUGGUGCUGGCAAAGAACUCCAAAGUAUUGUCUUGGACCACCUCCAGCCUGCUGCGGAAGUCAUUGGAUUCAGAAUGGGAGAACUAAGAGGGUUUUCAAGAUGGCGUGCACGUUAUAAUGGCAUUGGCUUGGAUGAGUCACUUGUUAACAACGCAACAGAAAAGGCUGGUAUGCUACUUGUUCAAGUUGAACGAUUUAUGAGGAUUCUUUCAUCUGUCUUGCAGCAGUAUGCAAAUUUCUUCAACUGGCUCUUAAAAUGUAUAAAAUUGCUCAUGUCAGAACCAAGUGACCAGCUUCUACCAUAUAACAGCGAACUUAUUGUUAUAUUCCUGAAGUUUUUAUAUGAACAAGAUCCAGUUAAACAAUUGCUGGAAAUAUCAGAUGCAGACUAUGAUAUUGAAAUUGAUGUGGAAACAAUGCAAAGAAUUCGGGAAUUAGUUCAGUUUGGAGGAUUUUCUGACACUGAAUAUCUAAGAAGAACAUUGGCAAAAGAAUUCCAGCAGAUGGAAAUAAGCUUUAGAGAGGCUUUUGAAAUGCCUUUUGUUACGGUCUCAAGAAAAAUAUUAUGCGAGGAUUUUCUGCCGUUGUGUCCUCUUCCUUCUCUAUCAAAAGCACCUUCAUCCAUGAGAAUUCCCACUUCAGUAUCAUAUUAUGAGGAUUCCUCUAAAGCUUCUUUGUCACAUUACACCUGUCAAAAGCAAUAUAUUGAUUAUGUAUCUCUCCAAGUACCCGACGAGUCUUUCUCAGAUAUUGCAAAUUGUUGUCUUUGUAUAAGUAACAACGAUAAAAUUAUAAAUAUUUCAUACAACUUUUUAUACUCGGUUCUUUUAUUUUUUCCAGACUUUUUGAUCUAAAUGUGAUGUUUGAAACAGGAUAGUCAAAUUGUCAUGCUGCUAAACAGAGCUACAAAGAGAUCAGAAAGCGCUGUAGAUGGCUGUAUGAUGAUUAUGCACGCAAGUGAUCUACCAUAUGUCUCUAUAUCAAGAUCUGCUUGUACAGACAACUGGACAUUGCAAGAACUGAAGGAUUCUGUGGCCCACCUGAACAUAGGGGACGAGAAAGCCCGCACCAUUCCUCAUUCCGUAGCUGCUCCCUUGGCAGUUAGUGCAUCAAGAGGCGUGGCUUGUGUAUUUGCUGCGAGAAAGCGUGCCCUGGUCUACAUUUUGGAGGAAGAUGAGGAUGAAGUCUCAGAUGCAGAAUAAUAUCUAAUUGAAUUCUCAUUCUCAGGAUGAAGUACAACUGUCCAAGUAUGGUUGUCAGAUCUUAAUAUAUUUAUUUAUGUAAUUUAAAUUUUUAAAAUCAUUUCUAUUUUAUAUAAAGUUAAUAGUGGAGAACCAUUAAAUGAUGAUUUAGUUAACUGAUACUAAAC